UACACCGCAAACAUGAUGUAGUUUAUCUUUUCAAUUUUAUUUAACGCUUUAUUCACUCUGCAGGUCAAUUCUUACAACAGUAAAAGACUCACGGUAAAACGUUAUGGUAGGAUUGCUUUACGUGGACUUGUUUGUGUUAACGUUAUGCCUCACUGAAUAUUAAAUUCCGUCAUUCGACGUAAAUGUUCGAAGCACAUACCGAAUCGAGAAAAUCGGCGUAAUCUUGAAUUGAGGCCUGUAUAUAUAAACCGUAGUCUUAAACUUCAAUACAAAUAUUGUUUGUGCAUGUGAGUGUUUUGAUUUUAAUUAUUCUGCGAAUCUUAGGACGAAGUGUAAUUGUUUACCUGUAAAGGCUUUGGCCAUUGCGUACGUAUUCCAUAUACAAACGACAGGACUCGGAAAAUGGGAAAUAAGAAUAAAAAGGAAAACGGAGACACAAAACCGCCCCCUUACGCCGCCAGCCAAAGCAAUCCAUCAUUGCACACUGACGUAGAAAAAGAGUUCAAGGUCGAGGAGGAAAUCGAGCGAGGGGAAUGGACCAACAAGGCAGAGUUUCUUCUUUCUUGCAUAGGCCUCUCCGUUGGCCUGGGAAACGUUUGGCGAUUCUCAUACCUGGCGUAUGAAAAUGGCGGAGCUGCCUUUGUCAUCGCCUACAUAAUUCUGCAGAUCCUGAUCGGCAAGCCUAUGUAUAUGAUGGAGCUCAUAGUGAGCCAAUAUUGUGGACGAGGCCCAACCGGUAUAUGGGCCAUGAACCCCUGUGCGAAAGGUAUUGGUAUCUCCAUGGGAGUUAUAUCUCUGGUCGCCUCAACCUACUACAACGUGAUCGUAUCAUAUACACUGUAUUACCUCUUUGCCUCAAUGCAGAAGGUUUUGCCAUGGACAACGUGCAGAGAUGAAUGGCUUGACUAUGGUUGCGUUGAAAAGACCACCCGCAAACUUGAAACCUGUACCGGCAAUGCAACCCUUGAUAUGGUUGAUAAAUGCCUGUGCCAUACAACAAACUACACUUUCAAUGAGGGUCUUACGGUCAAUUGCACCAACACCACCAACACGGCAGUUGCUGAAUUAUAUUUCUAUAAAAUGUUUGCUUUACAUUUUACCAUUUACAAACGGCUAUACCAUGUAUUGACUUCUUCCAGCAAAACGGUAAUACAGAAGGCCCCUAAUAUGUAUCCCUCGGAUAUGGCAGCCCCCAUCUGGCAACUGGCCCUUUGUCUCCUCCUGGGAUGGAUUAUUGUAGUUGUGUGCCUUAUUAAAGGGAUCAAGUCCUCUGGAAAGGUUGUGUACUUCACUGCAACGUUCCCGUACGUGAUCCUGAUCAUCCUUCUGGUCCGAGGUUGUCUGCUGGACGGUGCCAUCGACGGCGUUAAAUACUUCAUCGUACCCGAGUGGAGCAAACUGGCCACAUUAGACGUGUGGGCGGCUGCAGCCGGUCAGAUGUUCUUCUCGCUAUCUGUGGCAUUCGGAGGUAUCCUCAUGUUCGGAAGCUACAACAAAUUCAAGAACAACGUCUAUGGUGAUGCGUUGAUAAUAAGCUCAAUGGACCUCAUCACUAGUAUCAUUGCUGGUUUUGUCGUCUUCACCAAUCUCGGUGGCAUGGCCAAAGCGAUCGGAGUGAGUGUGCAGGACGUGGCAAAGGGAGGUUAUGGUCUCGCCUUCGUUGCCUACCCCGAGGCUCUCUCCAAGUUGCCACCCAAUCAGCUAUGGUCCAUCCUAUUUUUUUUCAUGUUGUUUACACUCGGUCUUGAUAGUCAGUUUGGCUUCUUGGAAACCACUCUUGUCUGUAUCCAAGACGAAUUUCCGCAACUCCGGAAGUACAAGACCCACAUGUGCAUUGGUUUCGGUGUCGCGUUGUAUUUAAUUGCCCUACCAUGCAUCACGAACGGCGGGGACUAUGUGGUGACGUUGCUAGAUUUCUUUGGUGCAGAUUUCUCCGUACUCUUCAUAGCUGUGUGUGAGAGCAUUGCUAUCAUGUGGGUGUACGGAGUCAAGCGGUUUAUGAAGGAUUGCGAAUACAUGCUUGGACAUGCGCCACGUCCGAUGUACUUCUGGGCUUUUUGUUGGUCCGUUUGUGCUCCUUUUCUUACUGGGGCACUGUUCCUCUACCGAAUGAUUAAAUUUAAGUCCCCGGAAAUAACCAAAGGUGUUCCUUACCCACUGUUUGCCCGGGGAAUUGGAUUCGCCCUCACCGCUUUGGUACUCAUUCCGAUACCCCUCACGUUCCUCUACACAUUCUUUACCGCCAAAGGUACCGUGUUCGAACGCCUACGGACGAUUACCACCCCUGAUGACACCUGGGGACCAAACGACGGUAGUAUGAAACACCGUCUGGUCAACACUGUUGAGAUGGUCGCGAAACAUGGCAUUGACAACCCUGAAGUCGUUGCUAAAGGAGACGUUUAUACGCAUUUGUAAUUGGAUUGGUUGAAAAGCCUUGCCUUUCAUAUACAAUAUCCGACUCGUCUGAUAUCACAUGCUAGUAUUUCCAGGAUGUCGGUCACGAUACUGUAUUCCUUUCAUAUACAAUAUCCGACUCGUCUGAUAUCACAUGCUAGUCUUUCCUUGGAGCUGGCUAAAAACGACUUACAGAUUAUUGUAUCCUAAUUUGAAACGGCCGAUUGGUUAACUCGAGUAGAGCUCUUUUUUAGAUGAAGAUAACAUCCUUUCAACUUCAACCAUAUUUAGUACUAUUUUAUAUUAAAAAGUACAUAUUAAGCCAUACUUUGUGUAACGUAAUGUACAUUAUAAUUGUACAUUAUAAUAUAUAAAGGAACAUAUAAAUGAACGUAAUAAUAUAUAUAAUAACAGAAUUUAUCUCAUUGUACAUUAAUGUGUUGUUAUUGUCGUGUUAUUGUUGUAUAAACAAACUAAUUUAGGAAAUAGAAUCUUCGGGUAGGAUGUAAUGAAAUUUGAAUGUGUAACGUAAUGUACAUUAUAAUUGUACAUUAUAAUAUAUAAAGGAACAUAUAAAUGAACGUAAUAAUAUAUAUAAUAACAGAAUUUAUCUCAUUGUACAUUAAUGUGUUGUUAUUGUCGUGUUAUUGUUGUAUAAACAAACUAAUUUAGGAAAUAGAAUCUUCGGGUAGGAUGUAAUGAAAUUUGAAAAAUUGAUUAUGGAGAUAUGGUUUCAUUUCUCCAAUGUAAUUCAAUUAUCGGGAACAUAGGUUGAUUUGUCUAUAGCCCUUUAUUAACAAUUCGGCUAGUACAUAACAAACCCCAAUUCAGAUAUGGUAUAUAAUGAAAUUUAAAUAAUGGAAAUAUCCAAUUUCCCAAUGUACAUAACAAAUGCAAGUUCGGAUUGAAUGUAUAUCUUAAGGGUAUCGGGGUUUACGUAAUUGAUUAUAGGAGCGUUAGGUUUCACACUACUAAUGUGGUUUGUCCAUAAGAGAACACCUGGUUAUAUGAUCAAGUAUGUUAAUGAAAUAAGGUCUCCUAUUCACAAUGGUUAUUAUCCACACAUGUUCAUCACGAAUGUAUUGGUCAAACGUGAUAAUUGUAUAUUGCACUUUUCUACUGUAACAUGUGGUACAGGCAUGAGCCGUCCAUCUUAUCAACAAGGGUUAUUUGAAGGGGUGGGUUUAGAAAAUCGUCCGAAGAGAAGAGUCAACCAACCAAAAAUGGAAUAAGAGAUAUCUUAAUUUUAUGAUUAUUUUGAUGAGAAUAAAAUGCUGUGUGUUUGUUGUAAGAUUUAUUCUGCACCUCAGAUCUAUAGAACACU